ACCUGCUUCCCGGGUUGGGUGCUGACAGAGAUAUAAGGAUUCGUUGCAGGGCGGUGAAUCAGACAGUGGCACACAUCAGCUGGGAUCAACUCCUGAAUACACAACACGCAUUCAUCUUGUUCCCAGGUGCCGCCAAGAAGCUAACAUGCAGGGGCUUCUGCUGACACUGGCUAUUUCCGCCAUCUGCUUCACCCGAGCAAGUGGCAAGCUUUCAAAGACUCCGUGUACCGAAGUAGAAUCGCAACAGAAUUUCACUCUGAGUGAGUACAUGGGGGUAUGGCAUGAGAUUGAACGACUUCCCACACAUUUUGUUUCCGGUGAAUGCGUUACAGAAAAAUACAGCCUGCAGACUAAUGGUUGGAUAAAGCUUACUACAAUGGAGAGGUUGGAGAAUGGCUCUUUGCAAUAUUAUCAGGGAGAACUAGCUCCAACACGUUUGAAUGUAACAGCUACUCUUCAAUAUAGAUCGGGACUUCCAUUCAUAAGUAUUCCAGAAAUGGCUGAGUUCUCCUUUGUCCCGUACAUCAUAUUGUCCACUGACUACACCAGUUAUUCGCUGGUUUACUCCUGCUUUCAACAGCGAAUGUUUUCUUGGAGUCGUGUAGAAUAUGCUUGGAUUCUGUCAAGAGAACGACACCUACCAGAAGAUGUCAUUAAUCACCUGCAUGAGAUCCUGGAGAAGUAUAAGAUUCAAGCUGAUGAAAUGGUUAAAUCUCCUCAAGAAAACUGCCCUAAAAAUACAUAAAGCAUUGAGCAGAAAACAUUCAAAAUCAACAAAUAAAUCUGGAAAAAACAUCUUUAGUUUUCAUAAUCAUACUCUACAAUUGUAUUAGUAUCAUUUGAAUUAUAUCAUUCAUGUUGAAGUGUCACUGUUGGGCAUGAGAUGAGUGUAACUUACUUUUACUAAAAGUGGGCCAUAAUAAAUAUCCCCUAAACAUGG